AUGGCCACUAUCGCAACCCCCGCCCACUGUAUCGCCGACUUCUGUCUGGUCCCUAUGGGCACCUCCACGCCCUCGGUCUCAGACCAAGUCGCUGACGUCUAUCGGAUGAUCGAAACAUGCGGCUUGAAAUAUGUCAUGCAUUCCGCAGGCACAACCCUCGAAGGACCUUGGGAUCGGGUUUCUCAAGUUAUCGGACAGGCGCAUACGAUCCUUCAUCAGAAGGGAAUUGUUCGGAUUCAUACUGACAUUCGCGUUGGGUCGAGGACCGAUAAGGUGCAGUCGUUUGAGGACAAGGUGACCAAAGUGCAGCAGUUAUUGAAAAAAUAG